AUGGAAAUAUCUUUAGUUCGAUAUCCAAACAUGAAAAUUAUAGUAGUCGGUGUGUUGUUGGUGGUCUCCCUUGUGGGUCAACACCAAACCAGUGCCAAAAGUGUGCUGAGUACUUUGGCCAAUGAAAUAGGUCAGGAUGCCUCAGAGUUCGGCCACGAAUUGGGGGAGGAAGGCACUCAGUAUGGUCAGGAGGCCGCCAAUAGUGCAACUAAAUAUGGUCAGGCAGCAGACAAUGCCUCAUCCAGUUGGGAACUUGGACUAGACGGAAGCAUUUUUGGUCACGAGCUGGGAAACGAAGGCGAUCAAUUCGGACAGGAGGUUUCCAACAGCGCCAUCAACUUUGGACACCAAGUCUCCCAGGAAGCGGAGAGUGCAGCCAGCGCAGAACUUAGUUCCCUGAAGAACCAAUCCACAAAAUCCAUUUCAAAGAGGGAUGUCGCCGCUGACAACGAAAUUCCUUCGGUCACCUGUGCUUGCACCUGUUCCAGUGAUAAGUCUGCCUCCAAAGUUGCACAAACCAUCGCGGGCUCAGCCGCAAAUGCUGCUCACGAUGUUGCAGGAGCCGCUGCAGGUGCAGCUGGAACUAUUGCCCAUGAUGUGGGUAGUGCUGCUGGAAAUGUGGCCUCGAGUGUGGCCGGUGCUGCUGGAAGUGUUGCAGGUAGUGCUGCAAGUGCUGCCGGAACUAUUGCUCAUGAUGCCGCCAGUGCGGCUGGAAGUGUUGCAAGCGAUGCUGGAAGUGUGGCUGGGGAUGCAGCAAAUGCCGCUGGUAGUGUUGCAAGUGCUGCUGGAACAGUUGCUCAUGAUGCUGCGGGUGCAGCUUCAAGCGUAGCAAGUGAAGCCGGAAAAGACGCUGGAAGUGUUGCAAGUGCUGCUGGAAGUGUAGCCGGAGAUGCAGCAAAUGCUGCCAGCAAUGUUGCCGGAGAUGCAGCAAGUGCAGCUGGAAAGGUAGCUGGAAACGUUGCAAGUGCUGCUGGAAAUGUUGCUGGAGACGCAGCAAAUGCUGCCAGCAAUGUUGCCGGUGAUGCAGCAAGUGCUGCUGGAAAUGUUGCAAGUGCUGCAGGAAAUGUUGCCGGAGAUGCAGCAAGUGCUGCUGGAAACGUAGCUGGAAGUGUUGCAAGUGCUGCUGGAAAUGUUGCCGGAGAUGCAGCAAGUGCUGCUGGAAACGUAGCUGGAAGUGUUGCAAAUGCUGCUGGUAAUGCUGCUGGAGACGCAGCAAAUGCCGCCAGCAAUAUAGCAGGAGAUGCGGCGAAUGCUGCUGGAAACAUAGCUGGAAGUGUUGCAGGUGCUGCUGGAAAUGUUGCACAUGACGCCGGCGAUAUUGCCGGAGACAUUGGCAGUGCUGCUGGACAUAUUGCCGGAGACAUUGGCCAAGCAGCAGGCAACAUUGCAGGAGGUGCAGCAAAUGCUGCAGGCAACAUUUUCCACGCAAUAUUUUAGAGUUCCAUUACGCCUUCAUAUUUAUAAAAUAUAAUAAAUGAGCGAGCAAAUUAA